UUGAUAAGACCAUCCAAUCAUUGAAUUGUCAUAUUGACAAAUUGUUAAAUAUAUCUGCCAAUAAUAAAUGAUCGAAUAUUCUGAUAACUAAUUAUCAAACACUUAUAUGAUAAGCAAAUGAUUAACAAAUAAAGGUGUCAAUGACUUUUGAUCGUAUCAAACUGUCGAUUAUUUUAUAAUAUUCUUAAUACGAUUAUAAUUAAGAAAAAAAACUCUAAAAUAAUGGAAGGGAUUUAUAUUUAUAUCCCUAAUCAUCUUCUACUGCAAAUUUUUAGUUGUAUGGACCCAGUAAAAUUAAUGAAAUUACGUUUAGUCAAUUCAGAUUGGAAAGCAUUUAUAGAAAAUGAAUGCAAAAUUUGGCGUCAAUUAGUUUGCUCAAGCACGGAAGUAAAACCAUGGAGGUAUCAAUUGAUUAAAUUGAAAUACCCAUCAAUGAGUUGUGAUUCUUAUGAUCAGUUGGAUGCUGAUGAGUUUAAGGAAUUAUUCAUAUCUUUCAUUGAAUGGCGCAAAGUAUAUAAAAGUGAUCAUUGUCAAAUUAACUGUAAGAUACCGGAAGUUCAAUUUUUGAAUUGGGAAAGUGGAAAUGAUGCUGUUAUUGAUUCAGUAGAUAAAUACAUAGCCAUUGCAUCACUUUCAGAACCCGUACGUAUUUUUCUGAUUGAUGUUGAUAGUAAUGAAUCGAUAGAAAAUCCUCUAGAAUUGACUUCAUAUUUUAAUGAAAUUAUCUUCAACGAUAUAUCAGACGUAUUUCACAUAAAGAUUUGGCGGCCUGCGGAAAAUAAACUAAUUCUGAUAAUAAAAUCGAACGACGAAGUGCUUAUUUUUGAUCUUAACGAAAAAAUAUUCAUGAGGACUCCUGAAUUAUUGGAGUACUACAAUGAAUGCGAUACAAUUAUAUGUCGUGGAUCAAAUGAUAUUUACUUUGGAUUCGAAAAUUUUGGAACUUCGCAGUUGGUAUUUGUGAAGUGCCAAUACGAUGCAAUUAAUCGCAAAAUAAAUAAUGAGCUAUUAUUAUACAUCGACGAUUAUUUAGCUCAACGAAUUACUGAGCGGUUUUUUCGAUUUGAAGACAUGGUCGUGAUCAACAAAGUAAUGAUAAUAGCUUAUCAAGUGCGGGCACAUAUGCGAGUCACCGUAAUAGAUUUUUCAGAGGUUGACAAGUUUCCACUCACCAUUGAUGUAAGCGAUAAAGCGUACACCAGAAAAAUAUUUGGAAAAAUUGAUAUGUUCUAUAGUAAUUUAAUAUUUAUUUAUACGGCACUUCCCGUUGCGAUAAAUAAAAAUAAUGUUUCGGAGCUUCUUACUGGUGUAGCUAAAAAUUUUUUCCUGGAUGAAUUUUCGCGCUUGAAAUUAUUGGAGACGAAAGCCGCUUAUCCAGACGGAGUUACGGAAAUUACUAUCAUUAAAUUCCAUUUAAACAAUUUAUACUUGAUUACGAAAAAAGGACAAUUGUUAAUUUACAAAUUAAAGAAUUUUGAACAUCUAAAAUAUCUUGAUUUUGAUAGACUAACACCGAAGGUCAUUGAUUUGAAGAGUCGAGGAUCUGUUAAAGAUAUAUUCUUUCUUGAACUACGUGAAAAGCCAAUUAUUGUAAUCGCACGGAAAUACUCACCAAUAAUACUUUUAUAUUUUCAUUAAUUAUUAGAGAUUUUAAAAAUUUUUAAUUAAAAAAAUGAUACAACUAAUUAAACAAAGUUCAAAAAAUUCUAAAUAUCAUCUUUAAAUGCUGGAGUAUUAUAUUAUUAUGGACCGUGGAACUAAACGAUUAACCGAUGCUCUCUAAUAAUGCAAGUUGAUUACAAACGAAACUUAGUAGUAAUUAUUUGAUAGGGCAUACCACCUUCUUUUUG